AUGCCCAAGUUAAUUGCCAUCAUCGCCGGAGUCGGCCCUGGUACAGGCAGUGCCAUUGCCCGUCGCUUUGCACAGGCCUAUCCAGUUGUCCUCCUGGCUCGGUCGCAACAAUCCCUAGAUCCCGUCGCACAGGAGAUCACGCAAAACGGUGGUUCAGCAAUCGGUAUUCCAACCGAUGUGACGAGUCCUUCGGGAAUGACCUCGACUAUGGAUCAGGUCAAAGCCCACUUUGGUUCUGAUAUCAACAUUGCGGCGGCAGUCUACAAUGUGGCUAGCAAAUUUGUGCGAAAGCCGUUCUUGGAGCAAAGCUCAGACGAGUUUCUGGGUAGUCUUGAACCGUCUAUCAAGGGCGCUUUUAAUUUUGCACAGGCGACGCUGCCUUAUAUGCUGAAUGUGAAAGAAGCGCAAUACCCACCCACUUUUAUAUUCACAGGUGCCACAGCAGCGCUCAAGGGAGGAUCUGGACUUUCCGGGUUCGCGAUGAGCAAAUUUGGAAUCCGUGCUAUGUCCCAAUCGCUCGCACGCGAAUUCGGUCCUAAAGGCGUUCAUGUCUCCCAUGCUAUCAUUGAUGGCAUUAUCGACACCGAGAAGACCAAGGGAUAUAGCCCAGACAUUCCUGAUUCCAAAAUCGAUCCUAACUGGAUUGCGGAGUCGUAUUGGUUCUUGCACACGCAACCAAGAACCUCUUUCACACACGAGAUAGAUCUGCGAACAUAUUCGGAGACAUGGUGA